UUUUUACUCAGUGACAAAGGCUCCCAAAUGCCUCUGCUAACUGUUGUUAUCCUAACAGGUUGUAGAAAUUGUUGAAUGUUAAUACUGUUUUCGUUGGGAACAUUUGAACGUGAAGAUAUCGGACGAAGGUGGGGGCUGUGUCGCGCGUUUUUCUGGUGUCGGAAAUAGACGUCGUGUCCUUUAAAUGACUAUCACCUGCCACGCUUACCCGCUCGACGGCGUAUAUUAUGCCAGGUAGGGGCCUAUGCCUUAGCCCAGGUGGACUCCCUGACCGUACUACGUUAUGGAGGGAGUCCAGGAUAUAAAUGGUGCAAAUUGGUCAAAAAUUUUGUACCUAAAAUUUGCAACAUUUCUACCUUUUCCAAGGAGCCAAUUUCACGUUUGUAACUCCUAUGCGUCCUUAUCUUCACGUCUGGUGGGUAAGAAGAAAUUCGACACAUCACCACCAAAGACAAAAAUGGGAAAUUAAAGUUGGACGUAAUGUUAAUUCUUGCCAUUGUUGUGGACUGUUUGCUGUGCCCUAUGCACACUUUGGCCGUUGUGCCCUUCCAAGUGAGUUGUGACAAAAUUGUUGAGAGGUGUUUUGUGAAGCCGAAGACAGGAUGUUUUGUUCUUUUUUUUUAAUGUGUUUUUCCAACUUAUCAAUAUAAAUUUUACGCUCGCGCCAAAAAUUUAGGGUCGGUCACAUAACUAGAAGCAAAACCAGUUUUUUUGGCCUCAAAAAGUGUAUUUUAAUCCAGCUGGCCAAUCAGCUGUUUGGGAGAGAAGUUUGACUGACGUAAAUGGACUUGUGUGGUGGACCUGAUCGAUUUCAUUACAUGUACUCAACCGGGCCACCAAAUUUUCACGAGGGCCAGUGCAGUGCACUUCCCACUGGCCUUGCGGGCCACCAAGAUAUUGAAGUUAAUUUCGGCCCCCGUGAAAGCAAAGUCAGCCUCCUCAAAAAAUUGUUAUUUAGGGGGUAGCAGUGAAAAUAUUUAGGUGUUCACUGAGAAAACACUUAGAAUUGUUUAAACCAGUCUCAUAUGGUUUGUGUACAAGGUGUCAAGUGGUAUCCACAUGACUUUAUUCCGGUCCUAUAUCAAAGGAGCAGUCAACAAGAAUGACAAGUACUUGUAGGCCAAGGCCUACUAGCUGCAAGGGGUCCAUAUUGGGCUUCGUCACCGUCUGAGGCUUUGUCUCUAAAAUCAACCCUGGGUAGGCCUGGCCCCGAAUAUACCCGCACGAGUGCAGCGGACGUCAAACCCCAUAGUCUAGGGUAGGCCUCGCCCCAAAAGUUGAUUAAUUAUGGAAGGGUUUAAGCUGCCUGAGAGGGACACCAGACUGAUCAAGCAUGAUAACACUGUAUAUAAGAUCAAGCUGGUUUACGUCACCAGCAAGAGAGGAAGCCACGAACAUAUUCUACCUUGUGAUGCAAAGUCCAUGCAACAUGAAAUUGAGGAAGCAAUCAGUGUGGUCCUGUCUGGUAACCUGACCCCAGUGAAGACCGACCAUUUCAUAAUCCAUACAGAAAGAAAGCCAUGGAAAAUGGCCUCCCUCCUUGUCUUCACAGAGAAUAGCAGGUGGCUGCAGACCCAUGCCUCAAUGCUAACGUUGUUCGUCAAGGCACGGCAAGAUGUGGAGGCACAACCGACACAGCGCCAGCCGAAGUCCCCACAAACAGAGUCCAAGAGACAGACGGAACAGGCUCGUAGGAUGGGACGUCUCUCUUCCUCCGCUUUCACUGGUGGUACACAUCGCCGAAAACACACCAGAACUUUUGAAGUGAAAGAGACGCGUUCGCCUUCCCCUCCUCAGCCAAAGAAAAUGAAGCCCUCUGACACUCGUAGUCAAGACCAGUCUCUGGAGCAGCAAGAUGUGCAGCACAGGGCUUACUUACUGCGGCGUAGAGACAGGGUGCCAGACACUAAUGAGAGACAGCAACAUACAAUCAAAAAUUACCAUCUCAGAUCGCAAGUUAUGCAUUUAGGCACAGUAUCUGGGGCCUUGGACCAGCAGGGAAGUGAAGGAUCUGAGUGUAGACCUAGAAGACAGAGAGGCAGUAGCAGAGGUAGUUUGGCUAGAGUUACCGGGCAGGCUAAGCAGGAACAUGUCAGGGACAUAUCCCAUCCACAUGAAGCAGAGCCAAGGGUUGGGGCCACGGCUAAUGUUCCAUCACGGCCUGCAUACCCACAAGGUGGUGCAGUGCAGCAUGAUACACAUCAUGUUCUGCAACCCGCACAACACGAUGGAGCACAGUACCAGCUUGAGGAACAAAGAAGGCUCCAGAGAUUGGUUGGUAACCAACAGACUCACCAAACUGAAGUGGCACAGUAUCAGCUCCAAUCCAGGGGACCUCUCCAACGGAUGGUGAGUGCUGUGCUUACACCAGUCAAGAAUCUCUUUUCAUGAAGUGCUGAACCAACAGUGAAGAUCUGCACUACCCAACUGUCUAACUUGUUUAAUGGAUUAAUUUGUACAAAUGUAGCUUACGGUUUUUACUUGAUAGUUACUGUUUCUGUCUUUGCCAGUUGUUUUUUUUUAUGCAGUAACGUAAUUUGUUUUAUGCCAGUAGAUUUACUGAGAGAUACAGCAGGGUUACAUUCGUUUAAUGUUGUCCAAGUUACAGAACCACAGAAAAAGGAAAACGUUUUUUUUUUCUUGAGAAAAAAUAUUUUGAAACAGCCUGUUUUGGGCUUUUUACUGAAUAUACAAAACAAAUACCCAUCCCGGAGGUUAAUUUAGAUGAAACUGACCAACAUUAUAUGUAAACUGAAGGUGUACCUCUUACUUACAAAAGCAAAGAGCCUGGUUCCGAGUAUCAUUGUUUCUAUUGGUCAUUUUCUUUAAUAUUGCAAUUGUGCUGUGUAUUUUAUUGACCACUCUACUUCAAAGACAUGGGACUACAUUACCACGAGCAUGAGUGGUAUGGUACCAUGAACACCUUCAUACCACUUAUAAAGUGGUCACGAGUGUCGCCAGGUACAGUGUAUAUAUUUGGGGGGGCCUGGGGAACCACUUUCCUUGGGGAGAAAAAUUUCCAUAGGGCAAAAGCGCACCUUAGCUAAGAGCGGAUAAACAGUUACCAGAGGUAGGGGGACAGUUUGAGGUUCUUAUAUAAAUAAGUGAUUUUCAUCCAUGAUUUUCAUCAUGGUUUGUUUUUUUUGGGGGGGUCUGUUUUUUCUUUGCCCUUGUUUAGUUUUCAAUUCCCCCGGCGCCCCCCCCUUGCAACACCCAUGAAGAUGAUGGGAUUCCUGUUACUUUGACCUUGUCUUUUAUUUGAGACAAUUCAUUGCUUUAAUCAAACAGAAAAAAACGAUCCACAUGCUUAGCAUUUUUAUUUCAUUGAUAUUGGCACAUUGUUAUAAAACAGCCUGCAGUAACUGUGCGACUAUACCUCAGAAGCAUUCUCCGACACUUAUCAAAAUAAAGCCCCCCCC